UUACUAGAUUGUGAGCUUGGAAUUGGCCAAGAUGAAGCAAACACUACUAGUUGUGGCAUUCAUUGCAUCAAUACUAAUCGUUGAUGUAAUAUCAGCUGUAACUCAAGAAGAAAUGAUUGAAAAGUUAAAAACUUAUGAUGAAGAAACUAAAAAAUUCUGUAAUGCUCAAGCUAAAGGUAAUUGGGCUGCACAAACUGAUGUAGGAAAUAAAGAAAAAGAACAAGCUCAGGCUGAAGCUUCUCUUGCAUACGCAAACUAUCGUAAAGAACAAUAUCACGAAAAUUUUAAAAAUAUUGAUACAGCAAGUUUUAGUGAUGAAAAUGUUUUAAGAAAACUUAAAAUUCUCAGUAAUGUAGGAACAGCGGCACUAUCUGACGAUAAAUUCAAUCUUUUAACAUCAACACGAACAAACAUGUCUGGAAUUUACAAUAAAGCAACUAUUUGCCCUUACAAUAAGCAAGUGUGUAACUUGGAGACUGAAGGAUGGACUUUAGAUCCAGAUAUUGAUCUCAAAAUGGCAAGCUCCACUGAUUUCGAUGAAAUGAAGUAUAUUUGGGAACAAUGGCAUGAUGCAUCUGGAAAACAUAUGAGAGAGCAAUAUAAAACUUACAUCGAGAUAUACAACGAAGCUGCAAUUUUGACCAAUUUUUCAGAUGCUGGUGCAAUGUGGCGCAGCCGGUUCGAAGUAGACGAUUUAGAAUCAAUUGUAGAUAAUUUAUGGAAAGAAGUUGAACCACUUUAUACUGAAUUACAUAAAUAUGUCCGUUAUAAGCUGUUGGAUUUAUAUGGUGAUAAAAUGAACAAGUCUGAUGAAAUGAUUCCAGCACAUAUUUUAGGAAAUAUGUGGGCACAAAGUUGGGUCCAUCUCUACGAUCGCAUUAAGCCAUUCAAGCAUGCAUCAUCCCUUGAUGUAACAUCAAAAAUGGAAGAACUUCAUCUUACUCCUAAACAAUUAUUUGAGAUGUCUGAUGAGUUUUAUAUGAGCUUAGGUUUACCGACUAGUAACAUGAGUUUCAACGAUCCAUCAAUUAUUGUUAAACCAGAAGACCGCGUUAUCGCGUGUCAUGCUAGUGCAUGGGAUUUCUGUGACGGUAAAGAUUUUCGUAUAAAAAUGUGUACAAAAGUUAAUCAAGAAGAUUUUGUUACGGUACAUCACGAGAUGGGCCAUAUCAUGUAUUAUUUACUUUACAAGGAUCAUCCCUUGCUUUAUAGAACUGGUGCAAAUCCAGGCUUCCAUGAAGCCAUUGGUGACACAAUUGCUCUUUCAGUUUCAACACCAAAACAUCUUGAAAUUGUCGGUCUUUUGAAUAAUUAUCAAGACAGUGAAGCUGAUAAUAUAAAUUCACUGUUUAAAAUGGCCCUCGAACGUGUUGCUUUCCUUCCAUUCGGAUUACUUAUUGACAAAUGGAGAUGGGAUUUAUUCAAGGGAGCUACAACAGAAAGUCAAUGGAAUCAACGUUGGUGGGAAUUGAGAGAACAAUAUCAAAAAGUCAGAGCUCCAUCUGUUCGCGGUGAAGAAUACUUUGAUCCUGGUGCUAAAUAUCAUAUCCCCGCCGACUCUCAAUAUAUAGCUUAUUUUGUAGCUCAUAUUUUAGAAUUCAGUUUUUAUAAAAGUUUAUGUAUUGAAGCAGGUCAAUACAAUCCUGCAAAUCCUGAUGAACAUCCACUUCAUAAAUGUGAUUUUUAUACCAGCAAACCAGCAGGAGCCAAGUUAAAGGCAGGAUUAGAAAUGGGAUAUAGUAGACAUUGGAGUGAAGCUUUAGAAGUUCUUACCGGAUCACGUGAAAUUUCAGCACAAGCAUUGCUAGAAUACUUUAAGCCAUUGAAAGAUUUCCUCGAAAAAGAGAACAAAAUGAUUGAAGUUCUUGCUGAUUACGAGGUUAAGGGAACUCAGAUGUGCAAUGAACUUGUAAAAGCAGAGUGGGAUGUAGCAACAGACUCAGAGAGUCAAACCAAGAAAGACGAUUAUGAAAAGGUCGUUCUUAAAAAUUCCGUAUUUACAAAAGAAUUUUAUGAGAAUCAUUUCAAGAAUGUCAAGCCAGAAGACUAUUCAGAUGAAAAAGUUCAAAGACAGCUGAAGCAGUUGGUGACUCUUGGACGUGAUGCAUUGGAUGAGAAUCGAUUGAGAAAUCUUACCAACACACAAACAACAAUGGAAACAAUCUACAAUACAGCAAGAAUAUGUCCAUUUAAUAAUACUGAGUGCAAUUUAGAAACCAGUGGCUUAACCCUUGAUCCUGAUAUGGGUAGAAUAUUGUCAACAUCCGAAAACUAUGACGAACUUCUUUGGACUUGGUCAGAAUGGCGUGAAAAAACUGGAAAAUUAAUGAGAACUGAUUACAGAAACUAUCUUAACAUGCUCAAUGAAGCUGCAAAGUUGAACGGCAAAGAAGAUUAUGGAGAAAUAUGGAGGGAAGCUUAUGAUGAUGAUAACCUUAUAGCCAAUGUUAAUAAAAUGUGGGCAGAUGUUGAGCCAUUAUACAAUGAAUUACAUACAUAUGUUCGAAGAAAAUUGAAGUCUGUUUAUGGAGCCAAAAUGAACGACGAUGAUGGGUUAAUAGAAGCUCACCUUCUUGGAAAUAUGUGGGCACAAAGUUGGGUCAAUCUUUAUGAGAAAAUCAAGCCAUUUAAAGAAGGAAGCUCAAUAGACAUUUCAGAAGGAUUCAAGAAAAAUAAUUAUACAGUCCGUAAAAUGUUUGACGAUUCGAAUGACUUUUUCACAAAUCUCGGAUUGCCUGAUAAUCAAAUGAGCUAUGGCGACACAGCAGUCAUUGAGAAGCCUAUGAAUAAAACCAUUACUUGUCAUGCCAGCGCAUGGGACUUUUGCGACGGAGAAGAUUUCCGAAUCAAAAUGUGUACAAGUAUAAAUCAAGAAGAUUACAUUACGGUCCAUCACGAGAUGGGACAUAUCAAUUAUUUUAUACUGUAUAAGGAUCAGCCUUUAACUUUAAGAACUGGUGCAAAUCCAGCAUUCCAUGAAGCUGUUGGCGAUUUAAUUGCUCUUUCAGUCAGUACACCAAAGCAUUUAGAAAAAAUGAAUCUUCUUGAAAAUUAUGCUGAUAAUGAAGCUGACAAUAUUAAUGCUCUCUUCAAAAUGGCACUUGAACGUGUUGCUUUUCUUCCAUUUGGACUGAUUAUUGACAUGUGGAGAUGGGAUUUGUUUAGUGGAAAAGUAAAUGAAACUCAAUGGAAUCAACAUUGGUGGAAAUUGAGAGAACAAUAUCAGAAAGUCAAGGCACCAACUGCACGUGGUGAAGAAUUCUUCGAUCCAGGCGCAAAAUAUCAUAUCCCAGCAGAUGUUCAGUAUAUUGCUUAUUUCCUUGCACAUAUUCUUGAGUUUCAAUUGCAUCGUUCACUAUGCAUAACAGCUGGUGAAUAUGAUCCACAAAACUCUACUAAACCUCUUCACAAAUGUGAUAUUGAUCAAUCAAAGGAAGCUGGUAAACUUAUUAGAGAUGGAUUGUCAUUAGGAAUGAGUAAACAUUGGUCAGAAGCUUUGAAAGCAAUGACAGGAGAGACUGAAAUUACUGGCAAAGCACUUGUUGAAUAUUUCAAACCUUUAUACGAAUAUCUAAAGAAGGAAAAUGAAAACAGUUCAACAAUCAUUCGUUUGAACAUCUUUGUAUUUAUUCUAGCUGUGGCUUUGAAAUAUAUUCUUUAA